AUGAUGCAACACUGGAUUAGGUGGGCUUCUGUACACUACCUCCUAACCUCGCGACUCGCCUGUCUUGGCCUCUCUUUAAGACGAGGUUGGCCAACCUGGUAUCAGUUUGGAACAGUCCAGAACUUGAGGCUGCACAUGGAUCCACCUGCAGAACACUGAUGCAAACCGCCCAGAGGAGAAGAUGGAUUGGAGCACACUGCAGACUAUCCUGGGGGGUGUCAACAAACACUCCACCAGUAUUGGAAAGAUCUGGCUCACUGUCCUCUUCAUUUUUCGCAUUAUGAUCCUCGUGGUGGCCGCAAAGGAGGUGUGGGGAGACGAGCAAGCAGAUUUCAUCUGCAACACCCUGCAGCCCGGCUGCAAAAACGUGUGCUACGACCACUACUUUCCCAUCUCCCACAUCCGGCUGUGGGCCCUGCAGCUGAUCUUCGUGUCCACGCCGGCGCUGCUGGUGGCCAUGCACGUGGCCUACUACAGACACGAGAAGAAAAGGAAGUUCAUCAAGGGGGAGAUAAAGAGUGAAUUUAAGGACAUCGAAGAGAUCAAAAGCCAGAAAGUGCGUAUCGAAGGGUCCCUGUGGUGGACCUACACCAGCAGCAUCUUCUUCCGUGUCGUCUUCGAAGCCGUCUUCAUGUAUGUCUUCUACAUUAUGUACGACGGCUUCUCCAUGCAGCGUCUGGUGAAGUGUAAUGCCUGGCCUUGUCCCAAUACGGUGGACUGCUUUGUUUCUAGGCCCACGGAGAAGACUGUCUUCACGGUGUUCAUGAUCGCAGUGUCUGGAAUUUGCAUACUGCUAAAUGUCACUGAAUUGUGUUAUUUGCUAAUUAGAUAUUGUUCUGGGAAGUCCAAAAAACCAGUUUAACACUUUGUCUCACUGUUAGAUGAAAGACAGCAUGAAAGGUUGAGGCAACCUGUGCUUAGCUGUCAAGGCUCAGUUACCAGCAUUCCCCAAGACAAAGAUUCUGAUCCUAAACGCAAUCAUUUGAAGCCCCUGUAGGCCUCACGUGAAACUCCAGAUGCCUCUCUCCCCUAAAGUUUCCAAACGAAGGCCUAAUUCUAUUCCUGCAUUAAUUUGUACUACACUUAGUUCCGGUGAGACCCCGUGCUGGUAGGGGUUACUGGUGUAAGGUACUUUGAUAUUUUAAACAAAGGCUACUGGCAUUUGUCUCUCUCUCUCUAAGGACAGGAGAGAAAAGCCAGGUUCUGAACAGGGCGCUGAGGUUUGGGUGUCCCUCCUGGGUUCUCUUUGUCAGUUUUCCCUGAGUUGAAGGUAAACAUAGAGAAUCUUGGUUCUUUUAUUUACUUUGGAAGUUUUAAUCUCUAACAAUGGACAAAGUUACCUAAUGCUUCAAACUCUAUUAUCUUUUUUUUUUUUUUUUUUAAGUGAACACUUUAAAGUAAGAUGGGUUCUUUUGAUCUAAAGAUGUUCUGGAAACCAUUAUAUGUUCCUCCUAUUUCAAAGGCUCAGAUUGUGAUAUGUAAAUGGUGUGUGAUUAGAUACUGUAACUUAAUUAGAAUAUGGCCUUUUGGUUAUGAGUAACUGGCAGUGCAGCUGAGAGUUUCUGCACCGUGUGGUUUGUGGUACAUGACAAGGUUGCAGCCUCUCCCAAGUGAGACAAGCGGGAAGUUCUUAGUGAUGGCUUAUGAUAGCAAAUGGCCUCAUUUCAAAAAUGCUGGUGUAAUUACACGAGGACUGCAGACUGGAAGGGCCAUCAACCACCACCUGUGACGACAGGCCGGCUCAGCACACCCUCCCUUCCCUUACAACGUUUGCUUUUCCCAUUACAUGGUGAAUGGUAGCCGGUGUCAGAAGGAACACUCAUUUAAAGAGGUGGCUUGGGAAUUUCAUUGCCACACUACAAUUUAAUGGUGCAGAAUGAAUUGGGGUGGGAGGAGGAGGGAGUUACUGGUUUUGAAGAACAGAUUGAAAGACUGGACCUCUAAAUUCUAUUGAUUAAAAACGAGUUUUAUCUACUUCAAAA